AUGAGUAGACGCUUUAGAGACGAAGAAGAAAAAUUAAGAGCACUCAAAGAUGAACUCCAAGAAGAAGAAGACAAAAUGAAAUUAAUGACCGAGAAAAUAUUCAGCCCUUUAAUUUGGAGAAGGUAUCAAAAUGGUAUUAAAAUUAAGGAUUUACAGGAGAAUCGGUUUUAUGAAGUGAUUGAAAUGAUUCUGAAAUAUUAUCUCCCAGAAGAUGUACUAUGCCGAAAUACCAAAAUCGGUAAAGAUAAAGUAUCGCAACAAUGCUUUGCAGAUAGAUUAUUUUUUAAAUUGAAAGAUAGAGCUUCUGUGAUUGCUGUCGAUGAAAAAAACGAUAACUGCUUGGCAGGAGUUCUGGUUCUAAAUCCUGUACAAAAAUGCGAUUAUGGUCGUGUUUACAGCCGCGCAAUGCUUGUAGAUGGUAAUAGUUAUAAAAGCAUCACUGAAUUUAUGAAUCACAUAAACCGUAAAGUGGAUAUUUUCGAAGAAUUUCAGUGCGAAAUUUAUCUAAGAUAUUACUUGUUGUGUGUUAAGCCCGAAUAUAGACACAGAGCAUUGGGUAUGCAACUAAUGAUGGUGGGACUGGACAUUGCGAGACAUUUAAAAAUUCCAGUGGUUACAGGCGUUUUCAAUAAUUACAGACUACAGCAAAUCGCUAGAAGAAUUGGUAUUGAUCAAGUACUCUACGAAUACAAUUACAAUAAAUGGUCGGAUAAAAAUCACGAAUUAAUUUUUUGUAAUCCAGGUGCUGGGAAUUAUACCUGUAAUAUUCAAGCUGGAUUGGUACCGGCACCACCUGAACCCGAACCGACUCCUGUAAAAGGUUUCGAGGUGGGUGGUGGGGUGACUAGAGCCGAUAAGAAGAAGGCAAAGGCAAAGAAUGAUGCUAAAAAGAAAACAAAAUAAAUAGUUUUUCUAUCUGAAAAAAAUACCUAUUUCAAAUACGGAAAAAAUAAAAAAUAAAACAUCAAUACCUAACUAAAAAGUGCCUAGGGAGAAUGACUUUAUUGACCAAAAAUUAUAAAAUUUGACAUGUAAGUAAUAUUUUACAGAAAAAGGGUACGAAUAAUUCUCAUACCAAAAAUGAUGGCUGAUGAAUAUUAUACAGUUUAUUCCCAAAAUGUUUGUUUCAAUUUUCUGUUUUUUAUCAAUCUCAUCAUCUUUAAAA